CUGGGCAUUUGUAUUUUGUAAUGUUUAUAGGAAUUUCAUGAAGUCCUAGAGAAAAGAACUCCGAUUAAAGCUGAUAUAAUUUCCCAUCUUUUGGGGUUUUUUUUUAGUUCAUUUAGAUUCCUGCAUUUUACUGGGUUUAUUCUUUAAUAAUACCAAAUGGAUUGUGUGUUCUGAUUGAACAGUUGAUUUUGGAAAGUUGAUGCUGCUGGGAUUUUGAGUUCUUAUUGCUUUGACUUCGGUUGCAUAAGAAAUUAUUUUAUUGAGAUGGGAGAUGUAGCAAAGGAUCUAACUGCAGGGACUGUUGGAGGGGCUGCGCAGCUAAUAGUUGGGCAUCCUUUUGACACCAUCAAGGUGAAGCUUCAAAGCCAGCCAACUCCUGUUCCUGGCCAAGCUCCCAGAUAUGCAGGUGCUGUGGAUGCUGUGAGGCAAACAUUAGCGGCAGAAGGUCCUAAGGGUUUGUACAAAGGUAUGGGGGCCCCACUUGCUACUGUUGCUGCUUUCAACGCCGUACUCUUCACAGUAAGAGGUCAAAUGGAAACGUUGUUAAAGUCUGAACCUGGGGCUCCCCUCUCAGUUGGCCAGCAAGUUGCUUGCGGUGCUGGGGCUGGAGUUGCUGUCUCCUUUUUGGCUUGCCCCACAGAGUUAAUCAAGUGCAGAUUACAGGCCCAGGGUUCUGUGUCCGGAGUCGGUACAGCUGCAAUGGCAGUGAAGUACGGAGGGCCAAUAGAUGUAGCAAAACAUGUUUUAUCAGAAGCAGGUGUGCGGGGUUUGUUCAAAGGCUUGGUCCCAACUCUAGCCCGUGAAGUCCCGGGCAAUGCUGCAAUGUUCGGUGUAUAUGAAGCUGUUAAACAGUACAUAGCUGGUGGCCAUGAUACUUCCGAGUUAGGGAGGGGUUCUUUGAUCCUGGCUGGAGGCAUUGCCGGGGCUUGCUUUUGGUCUUCUGUUUACCCUACUGAUGUGGUGAAGAGCGUUAUCCAAAUUGAUGAUUUCAAGGCACCCAAAUAUUCUGGCUCAAUUGACGCGUUCAAAAAGAUAGUAGCUUCUGAGGGUGUGAAAGGAUUGUAUAAGGGGUUUGGUCCUGCUAUGGGUCGGAGUGUACCGGCAAAUGCAGCUUGUUUCUUGGCUUAUGAAGUGACCAGAUCUAGUUUAGGUUGAAAAUCUGAUGUUCUUUUUCUUUAAUUAUUUACUGAUUCAACUUGUUACGUUGGUAAUUCUUUCUUUCCUCUACUAAUUUUUUAUUCCCUUGAAUGAAGUGUGGGAAAAAAAAUGAUGGUUUACAUCAUUUUUGGAGCUGUUGAUUCUUCA